AUGGCCCAAUCCUCCCACUGUUACCUUCCUCGCUUCGCCACUGCGGUCGACGGGCACAAACGCCCGGUUUCGAUGAAGACGAGACCGACUCCUUCUCAACAUGCGCAGUUAUUAACCGCAUGGCACGAAGGGAGACUCGAAUCUGCCCUGCGGGCCACCUGGGCCUUGGUCCUGCACUAUUAUGUCCGUUCCGAGGAUAUCUGCUUCGGCUACCAACACAUCGACGGCGACUCCAUUUCCUCUCGACAGCCUGUACAGCGUUCGAGCGUCGCCAACUUGUCCAUCGUCCGACUAGCGGUCGACGAGAACGACUCCAUCAAGGCAAUUGUAGAUAAAGUGUACCGCGAUGGAGAACCACAGCACGGUGAAAGGGUGGAGCACACCGAGGGAUACUUGCCCUUCAACACCAUCUUGAUGCUGCGCACAUACCGCAAGGCGAACGACCCGCCUUCUUCCUCCUCUCAACCAAUCCUCGCAUCCGCACUCCCAGACCAGUGCCAAGUUCGUCUUCAUGUCAAGGUGUUGCGCCGGGACAUCAAUGUCUUCCUCGAAUGGCGAAACGGCGACAUGUCUGGGGAGCAGAUGAAGAGUGUUGCCCACAUCUUUGAGCAAAUGCUUGCCAAAGUGCUUUCUCCAGAGAACACCGCUAUUAGCCAGCUUAAUUUGUUUUCGGAGAAUGACUGGCAACGCAUCUGCAAGUGGAAUAACCACGUCCCUCAGCUUUACGAUCGCUGCAUCCACGACGCUAUCCGCGAUAACGCCCUGAAUGGCCCCGAUAGGGAGGCCGUAUGCGCCUGGGAUGGUAACUUGACGUAUCGUGAGCUGGAUGAGUCGGCUGCGAAGCUUGCAUGCCAUCUGCGUAUGCAGGGUGUGGGCCCCGAAGUGCGAGUGGCAUUGUGCUUCGAUAAGUCGAAAUGGAACAUUGUCGCAAUGCUUGGUGUGAUGAAGGCUGGGGGAGCUUUCGUCCCAUUGGAUCCAACACACCCAACUUCGCGUUUGCAACGUUUAAUCGAGUCGGUCAAGGCGCAGGUCGUGUUAUGUUCGCAGACUCGCGCAGAGGCCCUCCGGCCCAUUGUAAAGACAUUAAUUCCUCUCUGCGCCGAUACUCUGGAACGACUGUCGGACCCCGCCGAGGGUGUCGACCUUGUAUCGGGUGUCACUAGCCAGAAUGCGGCAUAUGUUCUGUUCACCUCCGGCUCCACGGGUGAGCCCAAGGGCACCCUUUUGGAACACCGCGCAUUCCUGUCGAGCUCGAUGGUUCAUGGACCUGGGCUGACUGUUUUCCGGGACUCUCGAUGUCUGCAGUUUGCAGCUCACACGUUCGAUGCAAGUUUGGCAGAGUCACUGACACCUUUGAUUCACGGUGCCUGCGUCUGCAUUCCAAGCGAGGAGGCCCGCUUAAAUGACAUUGUUCGCGCGAUUAACGACAUGCGGGUGACCCAAGCAUGCUUUACCCCGUCAUUCAUCGGCUUUAUUGACAUCGACAGCGUGCCAGGGCUCAAGAGUCUCGUCCUGGCUGGAGAGGCAAUGUCGCAGUCACAACUGGAAACCUGGUCCAGAAUCCAACUGGUCAAUGGCUACGGGCCUACCGAGGCCAGUGUUGCGUCUGUGCUUAACUCCAAUGUCACACCGAACACCGACUGCAAGGACAUCGGUCUGCCAAUCGGUGUCAGAGCAUGGCUGGUGAAUCCUGAAAACCACGACGAGCUUGUCCCCGUCGGCUGCCCUGGAGAACUUCUACUGGAAGGCCCGUCUCUCGCUCGAUGCUACGUCAACAAUCCCCAGAAGACUAAUGAAUCCUUCAUCUACGAUCCUGCCUGGACCAAGUUAGAUCCGGGAGAGGCCACAUCUCGGAGAUUCUACAAGACAGGGGAUUUGGUGAGAUACAACUCCGACAAGGGUUCGCUCAACUACGUCGGUCGCAAAGAUACACAGGUGAAGGUUCACGGUCAGCGAAUCGAGUUGGGCGAAAUCGAGAAUCAGUUGAGCACCGACUCUCACGUUACGCACUGUUCCGUCUUCUUCCCCAAGACCGGAUUUUCCAAGGGCCGUUUGGCCGCUGUCAUUUCUUCCACUGGUCUUCUGGCUGAGCAGUCCGAGUCUGAGCUGGAGCCCCUCCGGUUACUUUCCACCUUAGAGAAAGCGAAGAUCGUCCCUGGAAUUCGCGAGCGUCUGUCGGCCCGAUUACCGACUUACAUGGUUCCCGCGGUUUGGCUGUGUGUUGAAGCCCUGCCCCUACUCCCGUCCGGGAAACUGGAUCGAAAGGGUAUUGCUGGUUGGGUUGGUGGUAUAGAACAUGACCCAGACAUUACAACUGCCAACACCGUAUCUGUCUCAAAAGAACAGAUGUCGCAGCCCGCAAACGAAAAGGAGGACGCUCUGGCUGCGGUUUACAGCCGUGUUCUGAAUAUUCCUCAGAGCCAUGUCAGCUUGAAUGAGAGCUUCCUUAGUCUGGGUGGUGACUCUAUCGCUGCCAUGACUUGUAUCGGACUGUGCAAAAAGCGUGGUCUUGGUCUUUCUGUGCAGGAGCUUCUGCGGAGCAAGUCUAUUCGGGAGCUUGCCACGCGUGCGAAGGCAAUCGAUCACGGCACUAGUUACCAGGAAGCAGUCGAUGAGCCGUUCGAGCUUUCGCCCAUUCAGAUUCUUCACUUCGGUGUGCGGAAGGAGGGUCAAGGCCACUUCAACCAGGGUAUUCUUACUCGCUUGAGCAAGCCUCUUGACGAGCAGACACUUCGCAAGGCAAUUGAAACCCUUGUCUCGCGGCACUCGAUGCUCCGUGCUCGCUUCGAUGACACUGGGGUUGCGACAGCGUCCGCUCAGCGCGUCUCUCACGAUGUGAAGGGCUCAUACCGAUGGAGGAGUCACAGCGUGUCCAAUAUGAGGAAUAUCAAGCCUCACGUGGCGAAUAGCCAGUCCUCCAUCAACUGCUUUACUGGGCCCCUGUUGGCUGUGGACUACUUCCGCGUCAAGGGGAAAGAGCAGGCUCAUGUUUUGUCCAUGACGGCCCAUCACCUUGUCGUCGAUAUUGUCUCUUGGAGAAUUAUCCUUGAAGACCUGGAGGAUGUGCUUUUGAAUCCUCAGAAAUCAGUUAGCGAGGAUAGCUCCCUUCCUUUCCAGACUUGGUGCCGUCUACAAGCUGAGCAUAGCAAGUCUUUGAUCGAAGAGGGCAAAGCUUCAACUGACACAUUGCCUGCCACGGACUACAGCUACUGGGGCCUGAAGAGUACUUCGACCACCUAUGGUGAUGUUGACUGUGCCUCUUUUGAGAUUGAUACUGCGCAUAGCAAUGCAAUCCUGCUGGAAUGCCACAAGGCCUUGAAUACAGAGCCAAUCGAUUUGUUCCUCGCAGCAAUGCUUCACUCGUUCGGUUGCUCGUUCACCGACCGCCCACUACCUGUGGUCUAUAACGAAGGCCACGGACGGGAAGUAUGGGACCCUUCCAUCGACAUCUCACACACAGUCGGCUGGUUCACCAUCCUGCACCCGAUCUUCGUUUCCGCCUUCAAGGCCGAGAGCCCAAUAGCCACUAUGGUGCAAGUCAAGGACUUGCGUCGCCGCGUUUCUGACAACGGCCGUGCUGAUUUCGCCAGCCGUGUCCUUCCUGGGUCGGACAAGCAAAGCGGCACUCACCCACACCCAUUCGAGAUCUCCUUCAACUAUGUCGGCCAGCACCGUGAUCUGCAGAGACAAGAUGGUCUCUUUCAACUGGUCGAUCAAAUGGCCGGAGAAGCAGGCCAGGGUGGUGGCGACGCCGACUUUGGUCAAGACACUCCUCGGUUUGGUCUGUUUGAGAUCUCGGCAAUGGUUGUGCAUGGAAAGAUUCGGUUCACAUUCUCUUUCAACAAGUUUAUGCAGCACCAAGAUCGCAUCCAUACUUGGGUUUCAAACUGCCAGAAGCAGCUUAUUUCCAUGUCUGACCAGCUCAUGACCAUGUCGCCUCGCUUGACGCUGAGCUCCUUCCCCAUGUUGUCUUUAACCUACGAUAGCCUUGAGAAGCUACUCAGUCAAAAGCUGCCGGCUAUUGGGAUUAACUCGCCGGAUAUGAUCGAGGAUAUUUAUCCUUGCUCACGCAUGCAGCAGGGUAUUUUGCUUGGUCGUACUCGGGACAGCUCUUACUAUGCUGUUCACGAUACAUUUGAGGUUUGCGCAACUGGAUCGACCGAGCCAAACCUGGACCGACUCGUGAAUGCGUGGAAACAGGUGGUUUCGCACCACGCUAUGUUCCGAACCAUUUUUGCGGAGAACCUGACUCCCCGGGAUCCCUUCUGCCAGGUUGUGCUAAAGGAAUAUGAUGCCACGCCCGUGCUUCUCCAAUCCGCCAGUGAGAGUUAUGUUCUGGCUACAUUCGACGCGCAGGAACCCAAGGACUACAGUGAGAUGCGCCCUGCCUACCGCUUCAGCAUCUGUCAGACAUUGAACGGAAGACUGUUCUGCCGAAUCGAGCUGAGCCACGCUGCGAUGGAUGGUAACUCGAUUUCCAUUAUCCUUCGCGAUCUGCAACUAGCCUAUGUCGGGAGGUUAGAAGAAAGCCCCCGGUCUUUGUUCAAGGACUACAUCCAGUACCUCAAAGAUGCCCCGCAAGAGGCUAGCAUUAACUACUGGCGAUCCUAUCUUUCGGACGCUAAGCCAUGCCUCUUCCCCGUCCUCACCGAUGGCGAAAAGUCUCAGCAGAAGACCUUGCGCUCCAUUCCCGUCAAGUUCACCCAUCUGGCCCAGCUUCAAAGUGUUGUCGAAAAGAAGGGCAUCACUUUGUCAAAUGUCUUCAACGCCGCCUGGGGCCUCACUUUGCGCCUCUACUGUGGCUCGGAAGAUGUUAGCUUCAGCUACAUGGCGUCCCUGCGCGACGUUGCCGCCGACGGCGUGCAGCGGGUUGUUGGUCCAGUCAUCAACUUGAUGGUCUGCCGCAUGAAGAUCUCAGGCGAUUCUUUACUCAGCGAUGUUUUGACCCAGAUCCAGAAUGAUUACAUGGAGAGCCUUCCCUACCGCCACACCUCGCUCAUUGACAUCCAACAUGCUUUGAGGCUGUCUGACGCCAAUUUGUUCAACUCAGGUGUCUCUUACCGCCGUCUUCCAAGCGCCAAGGACGCGGUGAGCAGUGACAUUGAGUGUGUGGAGGUUGGCUCCAUUCAUGAUCCCGCUGAAUUCCCUGUCUACAUCAAUAUUGAGGCCCAAGACACGAAGGCCAAUAUUGAUUUGAACUAUUGGACCACCAACUUGUCGGAUGCUCAAGCUGCCAAUGUUGCCAAUACCUAUGUUCAGUGCCUGGAGAACAUUCUAACCCAUGCCGACACCGAGAUCCGCCAGAUCGAUACUCUCAGUGAGCAGAAUAAGACUGAUAUUCUCUCUUGGAACGACACCAUCCCUCACGGUGUCCAGAAGUGUGCCCAUCAGGUCGUUCAGGAUAUGGUCAAGAAGUCUCCCGAUGCCUUGGCUGUAACUGCUUGGGAUGGAAACCUAACAUAUUCCAAGCUGGAUCUGUACUCCACGCGCCUCGCCAGCUACCUCGUCACAUUUGGUGUUGGUCCUGGUACCAUGAUCCCGACCUGCUUCGAGAAGUCCGUGUGGAAUACAGUUUCCAUGUUGGCCAUCAUGAAGGCUGGUGGUGGCUGCAUUCCCGUCGACAGCCCCCAGACAAUGAGUCUCAUCGAGAAGUGGGUGGUCGACAAUGCCGUUCAAGUUGCGCUGGCGUCCCCCGAAAAGGCACAGGUUCUUGAGGAGACAAUCCCCUAUGUUAUCCCUAUCAGCGAGUCUCUCCUGGAGUAUCUCAAUGAUGAGAGUCUCAUCUCUACUGCCUCUCCGUCCGAUCCAGCCUAUGUUGCGUUCACUGCUGGAACCUCGGGACAUGCUCGUGGUGUUGUUUUGGAGCAUACCGCGAUCGUGACUCGUGCCGAGGCUUUCGCGAAUUCCAUGAAGCUCUCCGAUACCUCGAGAACUUUGCAGACUGCUGCCAAUACUUCCGAUCUGAUUCUCCUGGAGACUUUCGGCACUUUCAUGCGCGGUGGUUGUGUCUGCAUUCCGGCCGAUGUCGAACCUGUCAAUCUGUUUGCGUCUAUCAGUGUUCUCCAUGCUAAUGUUGCUUGCAUUACUCCGAUUGCAGCUACAUUCAUGUCCCCGAAGGAUGUUCCAGGGCUGCACACUGUUGCGCUUCACGGAGAGGCUUCCCCGCAGGGUGUUAUGAGAACCUGGGAGUCCGAUAACCUCAAGCUUCACGUUAUUUAUGGUACUGCUGAAUCCUCUUCUGCUGCUUUGCAUUUCGCGGUCACCCAGGAGAGCCAAGAAGCUAUCAUCGGAUCGGGUGCCUCAUGUGUCUCAUGGCUGGUUGAUCCCACGAAUGCCAACUCUCUUGUACCCGUUGGUGCGGUUGGUGAGUUGGUCCUUGAAGGCCCCCUUCUUGCUGGUGGUUAUCUCGACGACGAGGAGAGUGGCCAGAACUUCCUGAAUAACCCCACUUGGUCCUUGGAACUCACCGACAAUAUGGACGCGACUGGGCCCCGACGAUUCUUCAAGACGGGUGACCUUGCCCGCUACAACUCCGAUGGAUCCCUCGUCUGGCUCGGUCAGAAGAACUCCCACGAAGCUUUCGUUCCAUGCGCCGACCGCCUGCUUAUCCAGAACUCUAUUGAUUCCUACUUUGGAUCGAAGCGCAAGUCUGUUGUGGAUAUUAUUUCCCUCAACGGGAACUCGCCAUCCAUCGUCACAUUCAUCGGCGCUGGGGAUGGAAUAACAUCAACUUUUGUCGACCGAGUCAUUCAGACCUCCGCUAAGGACAUGAAGUCCACAAUUGCUGCGCUGCACACGCACCUCAGCACCAAGCUUCUUGCUAGCAAGGUCCCGAGUACAUACAUCCCCAUCUCCGCAGUCCCUCUAACCCCUCCUGGAAAGAUUGACUACCAGGGCCUCAAAUCUGAAAUCGCCAGCCUGUCCAGCAGUAUCGUCCAAUCUUUCAACAUCAAGCACUGGACUGCAGACAAUUCUGGAACUCGCAGUUCCCGUGGAUCCUCUUUGACCGGUACCACCCUGGAAUUCUGGAAGAACUAUCUCGAGGAUAUUGAACCUUGCAGUUUCCCCUCUAUCUCCCUCCAUGCCAAUGGCAAGGGACGUUCGACCCGCACACUCAACAAGCAGACUGAUAAGCUUCAUGCAUUCAGCAAGAUGUCCGGUGUUUCUGUCGAAACCCUUUUCCAAGUUGCAUGGGGUCUCGUGCUGCGAUGCUACACCAGCAACAAUGACGUCUGCUUUGGAUUCUCCAUGGGAGAAGACGACAUUUCAGAUCUUUCCAUUUUCCGUAUCUUGCUGAACAAUGACCGUCCGCUUGAUGAAGCUCUUCAGAAAUCCAAGUCUCAAUUUGACAAGAGCAGAGAAAACUUCGCUGAGCUUGCCGUUGUCAAGUGUCAACUGGGCCUCCAGGAUACCGAGGUUUUCAACACACUUUUGACUUAUCGCACCGCCUCUCAUCUUCCUCAAGGAGAUGUGCGCGAUCCCACCUCAACCCAUGUUUACAAGGUUGCCGUUGAGGCAGCAGUGUCCAGUUCUGUUGCUGAAAUCCACUUCAGCUACUCCUCGGAUACUCUCUCUUCCACCCAAAUCACACAUGUCAUUGAUGCAUUCGAUCACAUAUUGAAUGACAUUAUGUCUUCCAGUCCUCGUCACCGUACAAUUGGGGACCUUGAUAUCUUCCCUCAACGCUCCUGCCGCCAAAUUCGUGACUGGAACGCCGGCCUUCCUCCUCGAGUUGAGAAGUGUGCGGAUGAACUCAUCCAGCAGCAAGCGCUGCUUCAUCCUCGCGCCGAAGCUAUCUGCUCUUGGGACAAGAACUUCACCUAUGGCCAGCUUGAGAUAGUCUCCAGCCGCCUUGCCAGAUUCCUGACCAGCAUGGGUGUGAAGCCCGAGGUCUUCGUUGUCCUCUCCUUCGAGAAGUCCUCUUGGGCCGUGGUUUCCCAACUGGCAGUUCUCAAGGCUGGCGGAGCCUUUGUCUCCAUUGAUCCUUCCCACCCCGACUCGCGACUCCAGAUGCUAAUAAAUGAGAUUGGUGCUGACUUGGUUCUCUGCUCAUCUUCCCUUCAACCGAAGAUGUCUAAUCUCUGCAAGAAGGCAUUUGCUGUCUGCCAAAGCUCCAUCUCUCAGCUUCCUGACUCUCCUCUGGCCAUGCCUGGUACCCGCCCCACUGCUGCAAAUGCUGCAUAUGCUAUCUUCACAUCCGGUACCACUGGCAAGCCAAAGGCCACUGUUGUUGAACACACUGCUCUCAGCACAACCGCGAUGGCAAUGAAUAAUGCUCUGCAUAUGAACGCUGGAACUCGUGCCCUUCAAUUCUCGAACUACACUUUCGAUGUCAGUGUUCUGGAGAUUAUGAUGACUCUGAUGACUGGUGGUUGUGUGUGUAUUCCCAGCGAAGAGGAGCGUAUGAACAACUUGGGCGGUGCUAUUCGUCGCAUGGAGGCAAACUACAUGUCUUCACCUCCCGCUAUCGUCAACACUCUCGAGCCUAAGUCUGUCCCAACCCUGAAAACUAUCAUCACUGGCGGUGAGAAGAUGCCCGCAAGCCACAUUGACCGCUGGCAUGAUCGUUUCGUUAUCAAUGCCUAUGGUCCUUCCGAAGCGACCGUUGUCGCUACUGUUGGUGUCAAGGUUGACUGGGACGGUAACCGCGUGAACGAUGACCCAACCUGCAUCGGUACAUCGCCAAACUGCAGAGUCUGGAUCGUCGACCCAAAUAACUACAACCGUCUUCUCCCUGUCGGUGCUGUUGGCGAGUUGCUUCUCGAGGGUAGCAACAUUGCUCGUGGAUAUCUUGCCAAUCCCGAGAAGACUAAGGCUGCCUUUGUUGAUGAUCCUGUAUGGAGCCACCACACCGGACUCCACGGCCUCUUCAAGCGCAAGGACCGCAUGUACCGCACUGGUGAUCUAGUCCGGUACAAUAGCGACGGCACUCUUGCUUUUAUCUCCCGCAAGGAUACCCAGAUCAAGUUCAACGGUCAGCGCAUUGAGCUUGAGGAAAUUGAGCACCAGUGCGUUCGCGCUCUUCCCGACGGCUCUCAGGUUGCUGUUGAUGUUGUUGUUCCUCAAGAGCGAACGGUCGCUAAGGGGCUGGCGGCAUUCUUUACAGUCUACGACCAGGACUCGUUCCAAGGUGGCAGCACGGAUGACUUUGCUCCCACCGUUCCUGGUGCUGACCCUCUCCUGCUUCCUAUCUCUGUGUCAAACAUGGAUGCGAUCCAAAAGCUGAAGAGCUCGCUGCCUGAUUUACUCCCACAGAGCAUGAUGCCGCGCCUCUUCUUCCCGCUGCGCAAUUUGCCAUUUACUUCUUCGGCCAAGAUCGAUCGUCGACGCCUUCGCUCAAUGGUCGAGACUUUGUCCAAGGAAACUUUGAAGUCUUACAUUACCUUCAACGCUGUCAACAAGAAGGAAGAGGCUUCUUCGGGUGGCGUCGAUGCCAAGCUCCGUACUCUGUGGGAGAAGACGCUUGAUUUGGAAGACGGUUCAGUGACGAAUGACGACAGCUUCUUUGCUCUUGGUGGUGACUCCUUCUCUGCGAUGAACCUUGUUGGAGCUGCUCAAGCUCAGGGCAUUGCACUUAAUGUCGCAAUCAUUUUCAAGACCCCCGUGUUGGCUGAUAUGGCCAAGACCUGCUCGGAAUCCACGGAGGCGCCCGCUCCCAAGCGGGUCUCCCUCAAGCCUUUCUCAAUUCUCCCCAAUGGUGUAGACUUUGAGGGUUUGUUGGAUGAAGUUACUGACAAUUGUGGUGUGUCCAACGACAUGGUCUCCGAUGUUUACCCGUGCAGCGCCGUGCAAGAGGGUCUCUUGACUAUGUCUGUCAAGCAUCACGGAGCUUACGUUGCUCAGCCCGUUUUUCGCCUCGCUGACGGCACCGAUGUUGACCAAUUCAAGGCGGCGUGGCAACAGACUGUGUCGGAUCUCGACAUCCUCCGUACUCGCAUUGUGCACACCGAAGCCAUGAACUUCGCCCAGGUCGUCCUCAAGGAGUCUCCCAUCCACUGGGUGCAUGCCGAGUCCUUCGAGAAGUUGCCCGGUGACUCAAUCGAGCUGCCCAAGCAUAACGGUGCUCCAUUAACAGGCUACGCAAUUGUCCAACCUCAUGGAUCGCGCACUAGUUACUUCGUAUGGUCCGUCCACCAUGCCCUUUAUGAUGGAUGGAGUAUUCCUCUGGUUUACCGAAAGCUCGAGGAAAACUACAGUGCUGCGCAGAACAAGCAGCCUGCCACCCCCUAUGGCCUCUUCAUCGAAUAUCUCAACAAGAAGGACAUGAACGAGUCCGAUAGCUUCUGGAAGAACUACUUCGCGAGCUUCUCCAACAUUCCCUUCCCACAGAACAAGAAUGCCGUUGCUGAUGCCAUGCGUGCUGGAAACACUCAAUACCAUAGCAUGGGUAUUUCACGCCCUGCUGAUAGCGUCGAAUUUACUUUGCCUGUUCUUCUCCGUGCUGCGUGGGCCAUCGUUGUCGCUACCCACACGGGAUCCGGCGAUGUUUGCUUCGGAGAGACCUUGUCUGGUCGCAAUAUCGAUCUGCCAGGAGUCGGUGAUAUCGCUGGUCCUGUCCUGUCUACUGUGCCAACCCGCAUCAUUGUCGAUAAUGAGACAUCUAUCAUUCAGUAUCUCGAUAAGAUCCACCAGUCGACCACUGACAUGAUUCCCCAUCUUCAUACUGGUCUGCAGCGCAUCCGCCAGCUGAACACCGACACGGCGGCUGGUUGCAACUUCCAGAAUCUUUUGGUCAUCCAGCCUACCGAGGGUGAGCUUAACAAUAAGAUCUGGAUUGACGAGAAACAAGCUACCAGCGAAGACUUCUUCACUCAUCCCCUUGUGCUCGAGUGUGGUAUCUCCAAGACCCACAUUCAUUUCACUGUUCACCACGAUGAGCUUGUCAUCAAUGGCUGGCAGUCGAAGCACCUUGCGGAGCAAUUCAGCCAUGUCCUCAAGCAGCUUAUGUCUGUUCCCAAGACAAGCACUGGCAAGAUUGUUGACCUGGAAGUUGUGAGUCCCGAGGAUAAGAUGGAGAUCGCCCGCUGGAACGGUCGUGAUCCGCUCGUUGUGGAACGCACUGUGCACGACUUUAUUCUGGAGAAGUCCAUCGAGACACCUAACGCUCCCGCCGUCUGCGCUUGGGAUGGAGAACUGAACUACAGAGAGUUUUGGGAACUUGCCUCCUCCUUCGCCAACUACCUAGUUUCCCGUGGUGUUGGCCCCGAAGUAUUUGUUCCAGUCUGCCUUGACAAGUCGGCUUGGGCGAUGGUCACCCUCAUCAGUAUUCUAAUUGCUGGCGGCGGCUACGUUCCUCUUGAUCCCCACCACCCUGUCUCUCGACAUGAAGAAAUUCUCGCGGAUGUUGGUGCCAACAUGAUUCUUUGCACGCCAAACUAUACCAACCGCUACACUCGUGUCGUCAAGACCGUCAUUCCCAUCAGCAAAGAUACCCUCAAGGCUUAUGGUUCCCUCAAUGUCUCCACUAAACACCGCAAUGAGGCGACUCCCGCCAAUAUGGCCUAUGCUUUGUUUACUUCUGGCAGCACUGGUCGAGCCAAGGGUAUCAUUGUUGAGCACCGCAACUGUGUCAGCAGUAUCAUGGCCUUUGCUCCAUGGGUUCAGAUGGGUGCUUCCUCUCGUGUUUUCCAAUUUGCAUCCUUGACCUUUGAUGCAGCUAUCAUGGAGACUCUUGCCAUCUUGAUGCUUGGUGGCUGUAUCUGUGUUCCCAGCGAAGAUGACCGCCUCAAUGAUGUUGCUGGUGCCAUCCGACGUCUGAAUGUAAACUGGACUUUCCUCACGCCCUCCAUCGCCAGCAUCAUUGAGCCCUCGUCGGUUCCAUCGCUGGAGAUCCUCGUCUGUGGUGGCGAGAAGAUGUCUCGAGACGUCAUCACCAAGUGGGCCAAUGCCGUGAAGCUCAUGAAUGGAUAUGGGCCCACUGAGACUUGUGUCUUCGCCGUUAUCGAUACUGCUGUGGCUGCUAGCCGUGACCCUGCCCGUAUUGGCUACGGUAUCCCAAGUACCCUCACCUGGAUUUUGGAUCCCGACAACCAUGAUCGUCUGGUUCCACUUGGCGCUGUUGGUGAACUUGCCCUUGAAGGAGUUGCCUUAGCCCGAGAGUACCUUAAGAACCCCGAGAAGAAUGCCGAGUGCUUCAUCACCAACCCCGCCUGGAUCAAGGAUUUCAAGAAGUCAUCUACCCUGCCUUCUCCACGUCGAAUUUACAAGACUGGUGAUCUUUGUUACUACAACCCCGAUGGCUCGAUCGAGUACAUCAGCCGCAAGGAUCACCAAGUCAAGCUGCACGGCCAGCGUAUGGAACUUGGUGAAAUUGAGCACCGACUCUACGAGGACCCACUUGUCCGCCACGCAGUUGUCAUUCUGCCUAAGACAGGGCCCUUGAAGCAGCGUCUUGUUACUGUCAUGUCAUUGAACAAGAUUGCGCAAGACAACAAGUUGAUCUCAGACAAGGCUUGCGAGCUUGUUGAUGAAGAGGACCUGUCUAGUCAAGGCCUGGCUGGCCUCGUCGAGGUCCAGAAGAACCUUGAAACCCAGCUUCCCAUUUACAUGGUCCCCCAAACCUGGGCUCUCAUUAAGAAGCUUCCCAUGCUUGUCUCCGGAAAGCUUGAUCGGAAAAAGAUCACGGCAUGGAUCGAGAACAUCGACGACGCAUCCUACGAGCGCAUUAUGGAAGAUUACGACCGCAUGAAGCGCGGUGACAUCGAGAAGCCGCAGGAGAAAGAACAAGAUGGCUCCCUCAAGAUUAUCCGUGAGAUCUUCUCACAAGUCCUGAACAUCUCACAGCAGAAGGUCAACAUCGAACGUUCAUUCGUCAGCUUGGGCGGAGACAGUAUCACCGGCAUGGCAGUGAUCUCUAGGGCACGUAAACAGGGCCUGGUUCUCACUCUCAAUGAUAUCUUGCAGAGCCGUUCUGUCAAAGAAUUGGCACAGACUGCCACUGCCAAGGCACCCGUCACUGCUCAACGUGAGGAAAAAUCUGGAGAGGGCUUUGCUCUUUCCCCUGUGCAGAGACUCUACAUCCAGUCGUCGGCCUCUUUCAAAGGUGUUGCUCGCUUCAACCAGAGUAUUACUGUGCGGAUCUCCCGGAGAGUCGAGGGUGAAGUCCUUCGACGUGCGAUCAAGGCUGUUACCAGCCAGCACCCUAUGUUCAGGGCUCGAUUCAGCACUGUCAAUGGAAUUUGGCAGCAAAGGGCUGCUGCUGAGGUUGACGAGUCCUAUCGCUUCCGAGUCCACUCGGUCAGCGAUACCCGCGCAACAGUCCCCAAGGUUGCCGAAAGCCAGUCUUGCCUGGAUCCGGUGAAUGGACCUAUAUUCGCAGCUGAUCUCUUCAAUCUGCGCAGCGGUGGCCAGGUCUUGUUCCUGGUCGCUCACCACCUGUGUGUGGACAUGGUGUCUUGGCGUAUCAUUCUCCAGGACCUUGAGGAGCUCGUCGUAUCUGGCUCCCUGUCCGACGACAAGGCCCUCUCCUUCCAGAGCUGGUGUGCUAUGCAACAGGAGAGAGCCAAGACCCAUGACUCCGCCCUCACUCUCCCCUUCACUCCGGAGCGGGCCAAUCUGCAGUACUGGGGAAUGCAUGAAUCACCCAAUGUGUACGGCGAUAUCAAGAUGGAGUCGUUCUCUUUGAGUGAAGAUGCUACCAAGUUCGUUCUUGAUGGGUGCCAUGAUGUUUUCGGUACCGAUACCGUUGAUAUCUUGCUUGCGUCUGUCAUCCACUCUUUCCGCCAGGUUUUCAAUGACCGGAAGGUACCGACAAUCUACAAUGAAGGACAUGGUCGCGAGCCUUGGGAUGCUAGUAUUGACCUCUCGAGGACCGUUGGCUGGUUCACCACCAUGGCUCCUCUGCUUGUUGAGGGCGAAGACGUUGGAAUCAUGGACACUAUCAAGCGUGUCAAGGAUACUCGUCGCAAGAUCGCCGACAAUGGACGGCCUUACUUCGCCAAGAGCAUGCUUCAGACCGACCACCAAGAUUUCCAGGUUCCUUUGGAAAUUCUGUUCAACUAUCUCGGUCGACUUCAGCAACUGGAGCGGGCUGACUCGCUCUUCCGCCAUCAAGGCAAUGUAUUCGACAGCUCAGACUUCGCUGUCGCUGGCGACAUGGGUCCUCAGACUAUUCGCUUCGCCCUGUUCGAGGUUUCCGCCAUCGUGGUCAAGGAGCGCCUGAACGUUGCAUUCACGUACAACCGCAAGAUGCAGCGUGAGGGCCAGAUCCGCCGCUGGAUCCUUCAGUGCAAGGGUGUAUUGGAGCGGGAUAUGUCGGUGCUGAGGAAGGCCAGUCCGGAGCCUACCCUCAGCGACUAUCCUCUGCUGCCCCUCAACUAUCACGGCCUCCAAAUUCUCACCAACAGCACAUUCCGUAAACUUGGAAUUCACAGCAAGACCGAGGUCGAAGAUAUUUACCCUUGCUCCCCUAUGCAAGAGGGUCUUCUGCUCAGCCAGCUGCGUGACCCCAGCGCCUACAUGUUCCACACUAUCUUCGAGAUAAAGGAUGCCCGCAGCGGCAAGGUUGACCCCGAGAAGCUCUCCCGAUCAUGGCAGAUGCUUGUUGAUCGCCACCAAGUCCUCCGAACUGUUUUUAUUGACAGCAACUACAGCGGAGGUUCUUUCGAUCAACUCAUCCUCGCCAAGCUUACGGACAAAGUCCUUCGGGUUGAAUGCUCUGACUCCCAGGUUGAAGAGAAGCUGGCUGCAAUUUCUCUCCGAGACCUCAACGCCAUGCGUCCCGCCAAGCUCUCUCACCAGCUCACUGUCUGCCGGACAACAAGCGGCCGUGUUCUGGUGAAGCUUGAAAUCAAUCAUGCUAUCAUCGAUGGCGGUGGUGUUGAUGUCCUCUUGCGCGACCUGACAAUGGCCUACGAUCGCCGUCUAUCUGAGGGCGAUGGCCCCAAGUUCAGUCAAUAUAUCAAGUAUAUCCGAGCUCAAAGCCAGGGCGAGGCUUUGGAGCAUUGGAAGGAGUACCUCGGUGGUGUUAGCCCUUGUCACCUCGCCCCCACUUCUGGGUCCCAAGCCAAGCGUGAGUUGAAGGGCAUCCUGAUGAACUUCCAGCGCUACCCCGAGCUGCUCGGCUUCUGUGAGCGGGCCUCGGUCACUUUAGCCAACCUCACUCUGUCUGCUUGGGCUAUUGUUCUCAGACAAUUCACUGGAUCCGAUGAUGUGUGCUUUGGUUACCUGUCUGCUGGUCGCGAUGCGCCUGUCAACGGUAUCCAGGACAUGGUCGGCAUCUUCAUCAACAUGCUUUGCUGUCGUGUUCAGUUCUCUGGACAGCAGACUCUAGCCGAUGUCUCCAAGCGUGUCAACAAUGACUACAUCCGCAGCAUUCCCCACCAGAGCUGCUCUUUGGCAAGCAUCCAGCACGACCUGUGCAUGCAGGGCCAGCCUCUAUUUAACACGACCCUGUCCAUUCAGAAUCACACUGUUGCUGGUGGUACCAAGGACAAGGGUUUAUCCUUCGAUCUGCAACAUGCUCAUGAUCCUAGCGAGUACGCUGUCACUGUCAAUGUUGACAUUUCUCGCGGAAAUGAAGGAAUCAUGCUGCGAUACUGGAAUGAUGUGGUUUCCGAUGAGCACGCACAAUGCCUGGUGGACACCAUCGCGAAGGUGUUCACCGGCUUCAUCGAGUCUCCCACUGCCACACUUUCCGCAUCCAAGUUCGGUGAAAAGAUUGAGGAGCAAGGAUCUGAUUGGGAUAACCCACAGGCCACGUUCAACGAAAAAAUGAAGCCUGCGUCGGAGGGUUUGGAUGGCCCUGCUAUUCAGAAGAUGAUUGACAACCGCGUGAACGAGAUUAUUGGACAGAUGUUGAGGGAUGGGAAGUUGAUGGUACCGCAGGUGUCUCGCCUGCAGACUGGUUUGUCCGACUAUGGUCAUACUGAUGAUGGGGUGGAUUCACCUUACCCAUCGGACGUGAUUCAAGGAGCGGAUGAUUCGGGUGUUUGUUCGGCGACUUCCCGCUCCAGCGAGGAGGGGAUGUCGGCUGAUGUGGAGAGGAAACUUUGGAGUCUUUGGAGUACUGCUCUCGGUCUUUCACCCAAUGUGGUGAGACACCAGGACAGCUUCUUCAAGCUGGGCGGUGACAGUAUCACCGCAAUGAAGAUGGUUAGUGCGGCCCGCGAGGAGGGCCUGGUUCUUACCGUUGCAGAUGUCUUCAACAACCCUGUGUUUGAAGACAUGCUUGCAACUGUGCGCGCUGCCAAUGUGACGCAGCAGAUGCUCAACGUUGAUCUGCAGCCUGCGCACAAGGAGGUUGAUUCCUUCACUGGCAGAAAGCUUACAACCCUUGCCCCGACGCCAUCCUCUGAGAGCAUCUCUGUCCUCAGACCCAGCCCGGCUGUCGACGAUGCUUCGGUUCAAAAUGGUAUCUGCCCCAAGAUCGGUGUUUUCAAGGGUGGCAUCGCCGAUGUCCUUCCUGUCACUGACUUCCAAGCCAUGUCCUUGACUGCGACUCUGUUCAAGUCCCGAUGGAUGUUGAACUAUUUCUUCUUGGAAGGCAAUGGGCCUGUCGAUCUUCGACGUCUCCGAGAGAGCUGUUUGAAGGUCGUUGAUGCCUUUGAUAUUUUGAGGACUGUCUUUGUCUGCUUCCACGACCAAUUCUUCCAGGUCGUCCUGCGCAAAAUUCGUCCCAGCAUCUUCGUCUACGAGACUGAUCGUGCUCUGGAUGAGUUUACCAUGACACUGCAGCAGCGUGACCGCGAGUAUGGGCCUCGCGAGGGUGAACAAUAUGUUCAGUUCUAUGUUGUCAAGAAGAAGGGUAGCGACCAGCACCGGAUCAUGAUCCGCCUGUCUCACACUCAGUACGACGGAGUGUGUUUGUCCAAAAUCAUGACCGCUCUCAAGCUUGGUUACGAGGGCAGCCCUCUGCCUCCGGUGACCCCUUAUGCUAGCUACCUUCGCCAGCUUCCGGGAACAAUUACUCCAGAUCACUACAACCACUGGUCGAAGCUCCUUAAGGGCUCGCGCAUGACACAGGUCGUUCGUCGCAAGGGUACUACCAUGUUCCAGAACGUCGGUGCCUUCACCGAAAUUCGCAAGACAAUUGAGGUCCCUCCCACGGCCCUGGGCAACGUUACCGUCGCAACGGUGAUGCAGGCUGCUUGGGCUCUCACUCUCGCCAAGCUGUCUGCCCAGUCGGAUGUUGUCUUCGGUCUGACGAUCAGCGGCCGCAAUGCGACAGUUCCUGGCAUUGAGACCACUGUCGGCCCCUGUGUCAAUGUGGUUCCCGUCCGUGUCAAGUUCGACGAGAAGUGGACAGGCCUGGAUCUCUUCCGGUUCCUCCAGGACCAGCAAGUCUCCAACAUGCCCUUCGAGUCUCUCGGCUUCCGUGAAAUCAUCAAGAAGUGCACAGACUGGCCGGCCUGGACCUACUUCACCACGUCGGUUUUCCACCAGAACGUCGACUACGAAGGAUCCCUGGAGCUCGACAGCACCACGUACCGCAUGGGUGGCGCCGGCGUCAACGAUAAUCUCGCAGACCUGACUAUGGUCUCACGCCCCACCGACGAGCGCAACCUCAGCGUGACUCUCGGUUACUCUGAGAAGGGACCUGUUCACCCAGCCUUUGCGGCCAAGGUUCUCGACAUGGUCUGUGAGAUGACGCAGUCCCUCGUCGCAAACCCAUCCACUGCUCUGCCGUCCCCAACCAUGCUGUGCUCUCUGCCAUCCCAGACCAUCGACGACCUACCCCGUUCUUCAGACGAGCAUUUCCUCAGCGCCCACCUCAAGUCGCGCUCUAUUGCCGAGCUCCUUGUCCACUCGGAUAUUCUUUCCCGCUCAUGGCACCAGGUCCUACCUACCCGCGCAUCUACCAACACUGGUGGCCUUGAUGCCGGAGACAAGCCCUCUCAUCCCCAAGCAGCUUUCCAGCUGGACUCGUCCUUCUUCGACCUUGGUGGUGACAUCUUCAACAUGGCCCAGCUCACCUGGCUCCUCGAACAAGAAGGCCUCAAGGUCCGCCUCGAAGACCUUCUGGAGCACCCCUCAUUCCUGGGUCAGAUGGCCGUCCUUGCCCUGCACAACUCCAAGCACCCGGACGAAUACCCAGCCGAGUACACCACUGGCGCCGUAUCAUCUGAUGUGGCUGAUAGCAGCCCGGUCGAGAAGAAAAAGACAUGGGAGAAGGCGAUGACUCUCGCAAGGAAGUUGACUCGCCGCAACAACAUGGUAUCCAGCCGAGCCUGA